AUGACUUCGUCAGCGUCAACGACAAAAUCAAUGAAGCAUCCUUUUAUGCGGCAGGUCGAGGAACUUAAAACCCCCAAGAGUGAUAUUAAUGCCUUAAUACUCGAUUACCUGACCGUUGCCGGCUAUCCUAACGCUGCUGCAAAAUUUUCAACUGAAGCGAAUUUAUCACCUCAACAGCCCUCUUCCAGUAUCUAUGCAAGGCAGCAGAUUCAGACAUUUAUACAUAGAGGGGAGAUUGAAAAUGCUUUGCAUGCUCUGAAUGAUCUCGAUCCUUCGAUACUGGACGAAGAUGAACCACUCCACUUCGCCCUUCUUCGGCUCCAACUGGUGGAGUUAAUCCGAAAAUCCCGACCAAGCGGGGACAUCGGCCCGGCCUUGGAAUUUGCGCAAACUCAACUGGGACCUAAGGCUCCACGCACGCCACAGUUCUUGGAGGAUCUGGAAAAGACGAUGUCCCUUCUCGUGUUUGAUCAUGACAAUCUUGAUCCUACGUUGUCAGCUCUUCUGCAUCCAGGUCUUCGACGAAAUGUUGCGGAUAAGGUUAACAAAGCAAUCCUAGAACGUCAAAAGCAACGGAGAGAAGCUGCUAUUCGUCAUUUAGUUCAGAUGAGAGCCUGGAGUGAAGAAAUGGUCCGCAAGGAGGGCAAGAAAGAUCUUCCUUCACGGAUCGACUUAGGCUUAGAUGGUGAUGACUCUGAUAGGUUCAGAGUGGAAAAUGGCCACGAGUCGAUGAUUAUGACCCAGUAA